CAGCAGCUGAACCACGAACAGGCGACCCGCAACAACAGGGAACAAAAUGACCGAUCCCGUCGCAGGCUCGUCUAAUGGAAUGGAAAAUCUGUCCGACUAUCAGCGGGAGCGGAUCGAGGAAAACCGGCAGAAAGCACUCAACUUGCGAAAGGCGCGCCUUCUCACGCACCCGUACGGUGCUGAAAAGCGCCAGGAGACGGCACUGUCGGUGAACAACGUGAUCAAGGUGUCUGGCACAAAGUACAUCGAUAGUGGAGGUGGUUUCCUGAUUGAACAGCGCACGGGUGCGGAUGCCGCGCAGCAGCAGACGGAGGAACCGGUGUCGGAUGCGGUCCCGGUUCCGGUCGAGUACGAUGAGUGUGUCGAGUGCGGAGAUCGGUUUGCUGAUUCCUAUCUGCUCAACACGUUCGACUAUGCGGUGUGUGAUGCGUGCCGCGAUAAUGAAGGCCAACACUCGCUCAUUACGCGCACCGAAGCGAAACAGGAGUACUUGCUGAAGGAUUGCGAUCUGGACCGGCGGGAACCGGUGCUGAAGUUCGUAUGCCGCAAAAACCCCCACAAUGUGCGCUGGGGCGAGAUGAAGCUGUACCUGCACCUGCAGAUUGAAAAACGCGCCCUAGAGGUCUGGGGCAGCGAGGAGAACCUUUUGCGCGAGAAGGAACAACGCGAAGAGAAGCGCGAGGUGGCCAAGGUGAAGAAGUACAACAAGCGGCUCAAGGAACUGCGGAUGGAUGUGCGAAGCAGCCUGUACGACAAGACGGGACAGGGGCACGUGCACGAGUUCGGAGACUCCGAGGUGUACAACGAAGCGGAGGACACGUACACACGCACUUGUGAAACCUGCGGACAUUCGGAAACGUACGAGAAGAUGUGAUUCCGGUUGCGGGUUUCGGUUUAGUACUAAGCUUCCGUCAUGCGAAUGCGUGUUCUAUCUCUCCAUGUUAAUUUUUCCUGUGGAAAUUAUCAUUAAAACAGAUAAUUGUA